AUGACUUCAAACUCUCCCAAGAGAUCGGUGGCCAUUGUCGGCGCCGGACCAAGUGGCCUAGUCGCCGCGAAGAAGCUACUUCAGACCGGAGUCCUUGAUGUCACUAUCUUCGAAGGCCAUGAAGGCGUUGGUGGCCUUUGGGCAAAAGAUGGCCCCAUCAAUCCGGAGAUGCGGGCCAACUUUUCAAAGUUCACGGUCGCGUUUUCAGAUCUGUCCUGGCAAUCAAUACUGCUGGACGGAAUUUCAGCUCCCGUGUAUCCGAAAGCUUCGAUGGUCGAGAAAUAUCUCCAAGAAUACGCAAGCAGAUUCGACGAAAAGGAGGAAGCUUUAGAAUUCGAUUACUUGGUCGUCGCGAGUGGCUAUUUGUCGACUCCCCGCGAAUUAAACUGCGAGAUGGACAAGGCUAUGAGAUUUGGCUCCUCUGUCCCUAUCCUCCACAGCACUGAGGUCCGAAAUUUGAAUCAACUCUUUCCCAACCAGAGUGAUUCUUUUGAACCGGAGACUUCACGGGUACUGGUCGUUGGUGGAUCACAUUCGGGAAGCGAGAUAGCAACUACGAUUGCUUUGCUUGCAUCUGAUGCUCGUUGGAAACCAGGAAGCUCUAUUCUGCGAGAAAGCUCAAAUCUGGAAGUAUUUCACGUCACAUCUCAUCAAAUGCAUGCUGUUCCAGCAUUUUCCAGGGAUUAUCGCGCGAAGUCGCCUGCCUUUCAACCUCUUGACUACAAACUCCAUGAUCGCGCCAGUCGCCCAGCAGAACAACUUUCCUUUAGCUGUAAUCUCACUGGGCCUGUCGAAUCUAAGAUCGUGAAAACGAUGCUAAAGGCUUUUGUGGAAGGCAGCACGGAAGAUGAUGGCAUUGAAAACGAAUUACCACCAUAUGCUGUGGUCAGUGAGACCUAUCCACAAUUUGUCAAAUCACAUGUCAUCCGGCCGGUCGUUGGAGAGGUGAUACGCCUGGGAUCCGACUUGAACCGUCUUAGAGCUGUGGCGACUGUGUCCCUUGACGGCAAAACCACCAAAAUCGAUAACAUAUCUGCCGUAAUCAACGCUACCGGAUACGAUUCAUGUGGAAGUCUGUCCUUCUUGUCCAAGGAAGUGAAAGAUGAGCUCGAAUUUGACGCAAGCAAUCAUCGAUUGCCCUUGGUGUUGGAUUCAAGCUACAUGUCGCAGCGAGAAACAGUGCCUGACAUCGCUGCUUUGGGCUUCACUGGCGUCAAUUGGGGUGUUAUGGAGAUGAAAAGCCGUGCAAUAGCAGCGAAAUGGUCAAGCUCUUCACCGAAAGAAUCCCAGGAUAAGUCCAUAUCGAACGGAAUUGCGAAAUACAUCCAAGAAGUGAGAACAGCAAUGAGACUUGGCCGCAAAGAACACAUUCCCCAGAUCAUAUUCAGCGAUUAUAUGGGAAUCAUGGAACAAGCUGCUAGAGAGUUGAAUCUAGAGAAGUUGAACGGAAAUUACGAUGAGUUCGCGGGCAUGGUAUGCGCAGCGAGAUAUGCAGACUCGAAGGACGACAGUAGCGAGGCUAAGAAAACGCUCUCGAGCCUAAGUCUGAUUGAGAAACGUGCUCACAAGGAUGGCCUAUACCUAGCACGUUCCGUGUUCCACGGACUUUUGGGCUCAUGGAAAGGUACCGGAGGUGAAGAUGACUUUCAUUCACUUCCAGAGGCUGUUCAUUUCCAUCCGCGAUACCCCACUUCAAAGGAGUACGAAUUUGAAUAUCUGGUAGUCGAAUCCAUGGUAGAGGAAAGCCUGAAUGGAAAACCACGUACCAUGGAAACGCACACAAUCAUGCGAUACGACGAAAAGAGCGACGAGAUAUCUGUCUGGUCUGCCAAUGAAAGCACCCUUGAGGCGGAAGGACUAAUCUAUCGACUUAGCUUUGCCCAGGGAGAGAGCAAUAUCACCAACGGUUCCACUUGCUCUGCGAAGAUCAUUCGGAUUGGGAACGCCGAGGAAAAUGCUGUUAUGCUCAAUCACUACGUCUUCGACUUCCAGGGGGCAAUCUUGAAAAGCUUUUGUAUCGUUGAAGAAACACGCCCUGGCAAAACCUGUCCAACGCAGUACGUAAGAAUUCAGAACAGAGAUCCCUUGCAAAAAAAUGCGAAAUUCGAUGUAUCUGCAGCUUUCAACCAGGCUACCCCCAUUCAGAUAAGCCAUCCACCAUUCCUACCCAAACACGCCACCCUAUCCAGUCCAGAACAACCGAAGAAGGCCUCCCUAGAUACCCCGCAGAUGUUACGAGUGGGGAGGCCAUCCAGGGAGAGGACGCUGAGCUAUUGACAUUGAAGUGCGGUACGGAAGUUCUUGGACUUCUGAUAGAACCGUAUUUACUCCCUUCUUGCAUUCACUUCCAUAUGAGUUUUCUAUUCGACC